AUGUCGGAUCAUGAUGAAAUGGACGUGGAUACGCCCAAGGAUGUGCAGUUCAGCUCCGACAAUGCCAGCGGGAAAAAAAGAACCGCAGCUGAUCUGCCAAUUGAAGCUCAAGAUAAUCUCCCAUGGGUCGAGAAGUACCGACCGAGCAGCUUAGACGAUGUGUCUGGCCAUCAAGAUAUUCUCGCAACCAUCAAUCGAUUCGUGGACACAAAUAAACUACCCCAUCUCCUUCUAUACGGACCCCCAGGGACCGGAAAAACUUCGACCAUUCUAGCCCUUGCACGCCGGAUAUAUGGUACCAAGAACAUGCGCCAGAUGGUGCUGGAGUUGAACGCAAGUGACGACCGUGGUAUUGAUGUUGUUCGAGAACAAAUCAAGACCUUUGCAAGCACAAAACAGAUCUUCAACAUGGCUCCUCAGGGCGGCGCCGGUUCAUCUUUGGCAGGAUUCAAGCUCAUCAUCCUUGAUGAGGCCGAUGCCAUGACCUCCACCGCUCAGAUGGCUCUGCGUCGCAUCAUGGAGCGCUACACAGCCAACACCCGUUUCUGUGUCAUCGCGAACUACACACAUAAGCUGUCCCCGGCACUCCUCUCGCGUUGUACUCGGUUCCGAUUCAGUCCACUAAAGGAGGCCGAUAUCCGUACGAUUGUCGACCAGGUCAUCGAAAAGGAGGGUGUCCGCAUACAGCCCGAGGCAGUCGACAGUCUAGUAACCCUGAGCAAGGGUGAUAUGCGACGUGCGCUGAAUGUGCUCCAAGCCUGCUUUGCUAGCAGUAUCCCACUUCCAAUGAGAGAUGCUCCGAAGGCACCUCGCCCCGAACCCGAGAUGAUCACUAAUGCAACUAUUUACGACUGUAUUGCGGCCCCCCACCCGUCAGACAUUCAAGAAAUCAUGUCCACCAUUCUGUCCACCAGUGACGUGACUUCCUGCCUCAGCACAGUGCGCACCCUGAAGGCCACCAAGGGCCUUGCUCUUGCCGACAUUCUCUCCGCACUGGCAGAUCAGCUUCAGCAGUUGGAUGUUCCAGCACAAACCCGCAUCACGUGGCUGGAGGGUCUGGCUGAGAUUGAAUGGCGAUUGGCUGGUGGUGGCUCAGAGGCCAUCCAGACCGGAGGUCUCGUUGGAGUAGUGCGAAACGGCUGUGAGUUAAUGGGCGACAAAGGUGUUGCAAUGGCAUAG